AUGCCCCUGUCCGUCAUACACCCUGAUGUGUUGUCUGCGUGCUGUGUCCCUGUCCCUGUCCCUGUUCCUUUCAGCGCCGGCUUCGAAUCUACGGUAGUCGUGAAGGACGGGGGCUCCUACGCAAACACCGUUGUCGUACACGAGGGGUACGAAACGGUUGUCGUACGAUCCGAAGGCGGCGGCGGCGGAGCCGCCGCCGGCGGCGGCGGUGGUCACCCAGCCUUAUCACCCGCCCCCGGCUCCGCUUUACGCUCUCCCGUUACUCCAGUUCCCCGGCAUUCAGCUUCCGCCGCCGUCGCCGCGGCAGCAGCAGCAGCCGAGUUUGGGGCUACCAUGGUCGUACGGCCGGGGGAAACCAUGAUAGCAGCAACCACCACUGCCGUACCGGCGUUUGACCGUUCCGGGACCGUUGUACGGCAUUUGGACGACAGUACGACAUCCUUUCUGGGUGCUGCUGCUGGCGAUGUGGAGCCGGGUGCUGCCGGCGGCGGCGGCGGCGGUGACGGCGAGGAUGAUGAUGACGACGCCGGCGGCGGGUACAUGGCUGCCGUACGUUUGGCGGCGGCGGCGGAGGCGCAGCACCGGGACCGCCAUCACCACCAUGCCGCCCGGGCGUCUGACAGCCCGGCUUCCGGCCCGCACGCCCCCGUCCCCAGCGAGCUGGAGCGCGUACGGGAGCGGCUGCACAAGAUAUGCGAUGGCGGCUUGGUCAUCCCGCUUCCCUUCCUGAGAGCCGAGCAGGCGCAGCCCCUGGCACUCGUCUCCUACCCCGCCGCCACCGCCACUGCUGCCGGCACUGCAGCUGCUGGCUCUGCUGGGGCGGCGGCAGGGCCAGGGGCAACAGGAUCAGCAGCAGCGGUGGGGAUGGGAUCACAGGGGUUGCCAGGCAUGCAGUCUUCCUCCUCCCAGCAGCAACAAGCGUCUCAGCAGGGGGCAGGAAGCAGGCCGCCGCCGGGGCCGCAUUACCACCCGCACCCCCACUACCACCACCAGCACUCCGUCUCGCAGCCCCCGCCGCAACAGCAUCAUUACUCGGGUGGGGUUGGAGCAGCAGGAGGAGGCGGUGGUGUGGUUGUUGGGGGAGCCACGCGGAGGGACAUGGCAGCGGUGGCGGCGGCGCAGCAGUCACAGCAGCAGCAGCAGCAGCAGGCCCCCGGGGCUGCGGCAGACACGUACUACGGAGUGGACCCCGAGGCCUACUCGGUGGUGUUGGAGUUGGUGCAGGCGGGGGCGGCCAUGGGGCUGCAGCGGGGGGAGGCGCACGGGGGGGCGGCGGGGGGCGAGCAGCAUGCGGCGGCGGCGGCCAUUGACAGCCUGCCGCCCACCGUGCUGACGCAGCUGCUGUUCCACCCGGGGCUCCAGAACCUGGCUCGCACCCUCGCAUACAACCGCCGCUGCCUGGCUCAGCUGCCGCUGGACCGAGCGGCGCAGGCGGAGUUGCGGGACAGCAGCGAGCAGCUGGCGGCGGCGCUGCAGUGCGUGCUGAGCCUGUGAGGGGG